ACCCAAUAUGGGCAUUUGGAAAAUAUCUCACGCUCUCUUCCACCCACUAAAUUAUUCUCCAUUUUCUUUCCUUUUUCCUUUCUAUUUUCCCGGAAACCAAACAGAAGAACUCUCUUCUUCUCCUCAAAAUGAGUAUACUUAUAAACAACAACUGUAUUAGCUGUUACUUAAAUAAAAGUAACAAUAACAAUAAUUAUUACCAGAAAACCAGUAAUCACUGUAAAAAGAAAUUUGCAGUGAACAUAAGUGACAAGAAAUCAGAAGGUAUUUUAUCCUUGGAAAAGAAUGAUGAUAAUAACUUCAUCCCCAGCUCUAGAAUUAGUACAAUUGCUGGCUCCUUUGCAGUUGCAAAUUUGAUUGCUGUAGAUGCAGCAAAGGCUGUAACUACUAAUAAAUUACUGGAAGGAGCUGCUACUUCUGUCUAUAAUUUGGCUGAUGGAGGGAUUGGAGAUUGGUUCGGAGGGUUAUUAUAUUCAGCUGGACAACAGGCCAACGAUGCUGUUCUGGACCAAUUAAAUGCACUUAGUUUCACUAGUUUGGCAGUUAUUUUUGGAGCAGGGCUUGUGACUAGUCUUUCACCGUGUACAUUGAGUGUUUUACCUUUAACUCUUGGUUAUAUUGGUGCAUUUGGCUCUGGGAAAAGCAGGGCAGAGAUCAUUGCAGAUUCUGUGUCAUUCUCUUUAGGAUUAGCAACUACACUAGCUCUGCUUGGCAUAGGAGCCUCAUUUGCUGGAAAGGCCUAUGGACAGAUAGGGCAAGGUUUACCUUUGGCUGCUUCUGGUUUGGCUGUUAUUAUGGGUCUAAACCUCCUUGAGAUUAUUGAAUUACAACUGCCUUCAUUUUUCAAUAAUUUUGAUCCUCGCUCUGCAGCAGCUAAUUUUCCAUCAAAGUGCGUCAUUUUUAGGUGUGCAAGCUUAUUUAGCUGGGCUCACGUUUGCAUUAGCUGCCUCUCCUUGCAGUACACCUGUGCUUGCCACUUUGUUGGGAUAUGUAGCUGCAUCUAAGGGCUUUCAGCGUUCAAACUAAUAUCAUAAUUUGUUAUUGGCAAAUGAGAUGACCAAAAAUUUCCCCAUUCCAUGUUGACAACCUAAUUAAAAGAUGUGAAACAGCGUGAGUAGAAAAACAUAUCAUGAUACAGAUGAAAUGUGGGAACAAACAAGACAAAAGAGAGGAUACCAUGCUUCCAGACGCUGUAAUCGGGUCUUAACACUUAAUAAUAAUAUCCGUUUGUUCUAGAUAGCAAGCAUUAGUACCAGUCCCAAUUUUUACUGUAGCAUCAAUGUCAGCAUCAUGAUAAUUGUUGAUGUUAAAAGUAGAUUGUAAUUGUGUUUGUGUUGUCUGCUUUCCUGUUUUGGCUAAUGGCUUAGCAUUGCCUUCUGGAGGUUGUCUGUUUUAGCCAUAUUCUGGCUUGUUGUAAUCUGGCCGUUUUCAAAGAAAUAAAAUUGUUUCCUUUCGGUGA